GAUACCAUACGCUCGAUCGCGGCGACUCGAUUCUCUCCAAGAUCUUUCAUUUUUACUUCUUUUUAUUACUCUCGUUGUGUAAUACCAUAUGUACAGUGUUUCGACUUGCAUACAAGGAAUUCCUAGAUCUUUUUAAACGACAAAAGGCACUUUUCUAACUAACUUAGAAAGUUAGAAUAGACAGAAAAAUCCUCACUCUCGCGUAAAUCGCAGCAUACAGAUUCAAACGGAUGAUAAGAGGAUCAAUGGCAAUGGCUCUGACCCCUACCUUAAGAUCUCGCUUACAAGGGUGUCUUGUAGGUGCUGUGUCGGGUGACUGCCUUGGAGCUCCGUACGAAAUAUGUGGUGUUCCCCCAAAAGAUACCUUCGGAUCACUGACAACAUUCUUCGAGCAGAUUGGAACAGAGAUCAAAGAAAAAGAUUACUUUCGAUACACUGAUGAUACAGCAAUGUGUCGCUGCAUAGCUGAGUCGCUCAUUGAGAAUAAGGGGAAUUUAAACAGCGAGGAUCUUGCUAAAAAGUUUGGGAUAGAGUACACCCAUGCACCCAACAGAGGUUAUGGAGCUAACGUUAUCUCUGUACUAAAGGCAUUCAACAAAGACCUAGAUGAUGUUUUUGAACCGGCGAGGAUGCAGUUCAAGGGCUCUGGUUCCUAUGGAAACGGAGGAGCCAUGAGAGUGGCCCCUGUUGCGCUGUGCCCUGAAGCUGAUUUUGACAAAAUGAUUGAGGCCGCAAGGCAGAGCGCUCUUCUGACUCAUAGCAACUUCAAUGGUUACUGUGGUACCAUCCUUCAGUGCUGUGCAGUCCACCUGGCGUUGCACUCUGACCCCGCGACCUUUGACACGGAUGCUUUCAUCGACAGACUUCUGGAAGUGAUGGAGAAAGAAGAAGCUCCAGGUUCUCCUGCAGCUAAAGUGUCCAGGCCAAACAAUGAUUCUACUGCAGGUGGGACCCAGAGCGGAGAAUAUUGCAGAAGAUUGAGAUUAUUCAAACCUCUCCUAGAGGAAGAUGCUGAUAUCAAGAAAGUAGCAGCUGAACUAGGUAAUGAAAUCUCGGCUCACAAGAGCGUACCGGCAGCCAUCUAUUCCUUCCUGCGCUGCCGGACACCGGUGGAAGGCAUCUCUUCUUCCAACGCUCUGGAGCGCACCAUACUCUAUGCCAUCUCGUUGGACGGUGACACCGAUACAAUCGCUUCCAUGGCGGGUGCCAUCGCCGGGGCGUUCUACGGCGUUGAACCGAUCUCCGCCGAUUGGAGGACCAUGUGUGAGGGAACGGAUGUAGCGAUUCGGCAGGCCGAUGCCAUCUAUGAUAUUCACUUUUUAUGAAAUUUCUUGAAUUUGUAAUACAGUCAAACCUGUCUAUAGCGACCACCCAAGGGAAACACAAAAAGUGGUCUUUGUAGAAAGGUGGUCUUUGUAGACAGGUUCCUUUAGGAGAAACCAUUUUCAAGGUGCAGGUGCUGGUGCUGUAUGUAGCAGUUGAGUAAAAUGAGGAUAUUGAAUGAUGAAUGUGAAUAUUUAUGUGAAUAUAUUAAUUUGGAGUAUGGGAUUCAUAAGAUUGAAUGAUAGUUUUUUUUAGAGUGGCUUUCAAGGAGUAUAUGGUCGAACAAGAUUUAAUAUUGUCUGAAAGAUUAUUCCAGAUGUCUGGACCAUGAUGACGAAUUGAUUUAGAGGCAAUUAACAGUCUUGGGUUUGUGAGAUGAAAGUUUCCGGAUAUGCGAGUUGGGUAGGUAUGGACGGAGCUAUUGAACUUAAACAUGUCAUCAAAAGACGAAGGGAGCAGAUUAUUAAUAUACUUAAACAUAAUGAUAGCUAUUUGAAUAGUAUAUAAGUCGGCAAUUUUUAGUGCUUUUUGUUUAAAAAAUAAAGGAUCGGUGAGGGCCAAGUAAUGCGAUCCUGUACAAAUGCGAAUUGCUCUCCUUGUACUUUAAAAAUAGGAGACAGCUUUGUAGAACCACAACUAGCCCAAACAACGUUACAGUAGGUUAUAUAUGGGAGUACUAACGAAUUAUACACUAAUAAAAAUAAAGUUUUAUGAGGUAAAAUAAAUCUUAACUUGGAAAUUAUUCCAAUACUUUUUGAGAUACUUAUUAUAAGAA